UUUGUCAAACUUGGAAAACUUGAUAAAUUACCUUAUGUAAAAGCAAUCUCCAAAGAAGAAAUUUCAAUUACUGAUUAUCAUGAGAUGGCUACAGCGUUAAGUAAUGUAGGAUCGGUGUUGAACAAACUUGGACGACUUAAUGAAUCGAAAGAAUGUUUUGAAAUAGCACUAUCAACUAAAGAAAGUGCCGGUGGUAGUCAAGCCAGUGUAGCUAUGACGCAUUACAAUUUGGGAACAUUGUUUUACAAACUGGAAAAACCUUAUGAAGCACUAGAGUGUUUCAAAGAAGCGCUGAGAAUUGAGCGAAGCAGUUUGGGCAGUAAUCAUCCUAAGGUGGCUAUAACGAUAGAUAAUUUACGAUUAGUGUUGACGCACCUUGAAAAGCGUAACGAAGCCAAUCAUCCUACAGCGGCUAGGGCUUAUUCUUUCUUAGGAGGAGCCUUGAAAGAACAGCGAAAACUCAAUGAAGCCAAAGAAUAUUUCGAAAAAGCAUUAGCAAUCGAAGCGAACGAACCAUCUCACUGGCAUAAUUUAGGAGUACUUUUUGCUGAAAUGGAGAAUUAUCAGAAAGCUAAAGAGUAUAUCGGCAAAGCCAUUCAAAUCAACGAAGAAAGACACGGCAGUAGCCAUCUGAAUAUAGCUAACAGUUUAAAAGCUCUGGCAGUACUCUCGGAAUGUAUCGGCAAACUUCAUGAAGCUAAAGGCUUCUACGAAAGAGAACUCGCAAUUAAAGAGAUCGCUUACGGCAGCAAUCAUCCCAUGUUGGUUGAAACGUUAUAUAAGUUAGAAUCGCUUUUAAAGCAUCAAGGAAAACCGGAUGAAGCCAGAGAGUUUCGCGAAAGAGCUUUGGCAAUCAGCAAAAGGGACACAACUUAGUAUUGAAAACAAAAAGCCAUGACUACAGGUUCCAACUCUACGCCUUCAAAAUAUCAAAAAAUGGUCCAUGCAUCCCUCACGCAAUAUGUACUGUACAAAGCAUACGAAAAUAGUUUUAGUUUUUCAUUUCAUUUUAUUUUCAUUAUAGUUUAUCAAUGUCCGACAUAUAGGAUACAUUGUUUUUACUAUAUAUUUUUUUGGUCCAUGCAUCCCUCACGCAAUAUGUACUGUACAAAGCAUACGAACAUAGUUUUAGUUUUUCAUUUCAUUUUAUUUUCAUUAUAGUUUAUCAGUGUCCGACAUAUAGGAUACAUUGUUUUUACAAUAUA